GAAGAAGAAGUUACCUAAGAAGAAGUUUACGGAAAAUGGCCAGCUUUGGCAGGGUUGCUGGAGUUUUGAGAAACUUUUGGAGGAGACCUUGGUCAUACAGAACGCUGCAUAGUGCCCUGAGACCUGGCAUUUUGGGGUCUGCCGUUGGAAGCGGGCUGGUAUAUUUUCACUUUGAGUCGAGCAAGAGGUUUUUGCCCUUCACCGUCCAUGCCGAGGAGGAAAAGGUGCUUCCAGUAUCCCAGAUGUCUGCCAGACGGAUGCGCUUCAACCAGUUUGCCUCAAUGAUGUACGAUGAGGAGCUCUACAUGACACCAAGGGAUUUCCUCUUCUCAAUCAUGCUGGAGAAUGUUGACCGUAAAUUGCAAAAUAAAGCUCUAACCAAAAAGGAGGUGGAUAAGAUGCUGGAUGCUGCCUCAUGGGCCAAGGCAGGCAACAGUCUGUUCAGAAACUUUGGAGACAAUGGUCUGAUAUCCUACACAGAGUACCUGUUCCUGUUGACUAUUCUGACCAAGCCACACACAGGAUUUCAUAUAGCUUUCAAAAUGCUUGAUAUUGAUGGCAAUGAGCAUGUGGACAGAAAGGAGUUUCUCAAGCUCAAGAAAAUCAUUGGGAAAAGAAAAGAGAAAGUGCCCAUGGAAGGUGCCACAGACGUGAAACCAGUCGUAGAGGGGGAUGGUGUGAACACUACACUGCAGGCAUUCUUCUUUGGCAGGAAUGGCAAAAACAAGCUUCAGUACAAUGUAUUCUGCAGGUUCAUGGAAGACCUGCAGUCAGAGGUGCAGGAGAUGGAGUUCCUGCAGUUUUCCAAGGGCAUGGACACCAUGCGGCGGGAGGACUUUGCAGAGUGGCUGCUGCACUACACCAACGAGGAAGCCAACGAGGCCUACUGGGAGAACAUGAGGAAGAGGAUCCCCGCUGGCCAGAGCAUCACAUUUGAUGAGUUCAAAGCGUUUUGCCUAUUCACCAACAACCUGGAAGACUUUGCCUUCUCUGUGAAAAUGAUAAGUGAAGCCAACCGACCUAUUGGAAUGGUCCAAUUUAAGCGAGCUGUGAAGAUCGCCACAGGGCACGACCUCUCGGAGAACGUGCUGGACACUGUGUUCAAGAUAUUUGACCUGGACGGCGAUAACUGUCUGAGCCACAAGGAGUUUAUCGGAGUGAUGGAGGACCGAGUACUACGUGGCUUGAAGGUGCAGCCCCAGCGUGGCAUCUUAGAUUAUUGGAAGUGUGUGAAGAGGGAGACACUGAAAGGGGCCCAAGAGGCCCUCCGGGACACAGGAAGCCCUUUCUGAGGGGUCACGUUGUUGGAUCAAGAAGCUCCUUGCGAGGUUUCACUGGGUGACUCCAAUGUAAAGCAUUGAUGGCUGACCAACAAGUUGCUCAUUAUCACUUGAUAUUUGUCAAUGGAAUAUUAACAUGGUCCUCAUGAACCAGAUCAAUAAGGGAUGAUACCAAAUUUUAUAUUUUUCAGGCUUCCUUUUUGUUUAUGAAAAUGUUAUUACAAUAUACAUAAUCUAUGGGUGUUUUGUUUACAAUAUUUUUUAUAUUUUCUAAUUAGGCUUGGGCGUUAUACUGGGGUAUUGCCGAAUACCGACGGUAUGAUUUUCAAUACCGUGCUACGCCACUACUUAUAGCUAGCUAUAAGAAAUCUAAGAUGUCAAAUUAUAUCCAGCGUAGGGCUCCAGCUAUGCAUUUGGUUUGCUAGUGAAGUGGCUAGAUCUCAUGAUCAAGCUUCUUGGUUAUAGCAGAGACAUUCAAUCCCCUCAUGGAUCAAGAUCCCUAGUGCCUAAAUUGUUUUGUCAAAAAAAAAGUAUUAAUCAUUUGGGUGCCACUUGUGUGAACAUUUAGCAAUACUGUAUACCUCGGUAUAGUACAGAAACGGUAUGAAAAUCCAGAUUACCGCCCAAUUCUAAUCCUGGAAAUUGGUUGUGAUGCUUGGUACCAGUCUAUGCAUACAAGGCAUGUGAAAUGUGAGCUCGUUUGACAUUUAUUGUCUGUCACCUUUUUAUACCCUAUCUCGCUGCUCAAAUACAUUGUUUACAGUUAGAGGUGGUUUACUGUGGUAUCAUUGGAAUUUCAUUAAGUUUUAAAAUGCUGAAUCAUUGAAAAAGUUGUAUUAAAUAUGUGCCUGUCUUCAAAUGUCUGUGUACAGUUGUGCUGUAAUAUAUUGGCACCCUUUCACAAUUCACUUUCUUCUUAAAUAAAUUGUAAUUUAGGACUUGGUGUUCGUUUGAUUUGGAAUUGAUUUUUCAACAUCAAAUGGCCUGGACUAAAUUAUACAAAAUUCUAAUUAAUUUGGUUGGAAUCAGGUUAACGGUGUAAUUUCUCAACAGUGUAAAAAUAGCAUUUGAAACAGUUUUGAACUUUCCUCCUUUGGAAAGUGCAACUGUAUACCUUUCCUAAGAUUAAUUAAAUGUUUGAAAAAUG